AUGUAUGAUACAUAUAAUGCAAUAAAUAUUUCAUUGCAGGAUUUGCAAAAUGAAGAAAUAUGUGACAAUUUUCAAAUGACUACAACUGGAGAUUAUGGAUUCAUACAGCCAAUAAGAAUAAAAAGAAAUUUAAAAAAAAGUUUUCGGGAUGAGAGAGAAGAUGAGGCGUACAAAUUUAUGAAAAAAGCAGCAAACGAAAUAUCUACAAGAGAUGAAUUUUGUACAUUCGGCACUUUUGUAGCAGAUAAUGUAAGGAAACUUAAACCCAUAAACCAAAUUUUGGCCAAACGUCAGAUUACCAAUAUGCUUAUGGAUUUAAAAAUUAAAGAAAUGGAAACGUGUGAGAGACAACUUGAAUCUCCAGAAACCUCAGUUGGAACAAACAAUAGUGAUACCCAGUCUUUCAUAUUUAACGACUCAACAAAUCUUGCAGUGAACACAGUUAAUCGCUUGACUUCACAUGACAACAUAAACACGACAUUCAAACUCGGCGAAUAUUUAUCAUUUAAUACAACCAAUAAGGACAUUUAA